AUGCAAGAGGGAAAUCAGACACUGAUCGUGGAAUUCUUUCUGCUUGGCUUUGGUGACCUUCAUGCCUUAAAAUAUUUUUGCUUUACUUUGUUCUUACUCCUCUAUGUCAUGGCAUUAACUGGAAAUGUUCUUGUUAUCAUCUUAGUUCUUGCCAAUGAAACCCUUCAUUUCCCCAUGUAUUUCUUCCUUAGCCAGCUGUCUUUAUCUGAAAUCUUAUUUACUACAAAUAUUGUGCCCAACCUUCUCAGACUUAUAUUGUUGGGGGGAGGAAACAUAUCGGUAUCAGGAUGCAGGGUUCAGUUUUUAGUCUUAUGUGUCCCUACUGUGACCCAGUGUAUCCUUCUAGCUGCAAUGUCCUUUGAUCGUCAUGCCGCCAUUAGUAAUCCCCUUCUUUAUACAUCUAUUGUGACCUUUAAAGUGCAACUACAUGUUGUCAUCUUCUGUUGGUCCUCUAGUUCCAUGAUGUCUCUUAUAGUUUUUGGAUUUUUCAAUCAACUGCAGUUCUGUCGUUCCAACAUCAUCAACCAUUUCUACUGUGAUAUUUCUCCAGUCAUGGAACUUUCCUGCUCAGACACUUCCACUCUGGAACUGGUCACCUCCCUGGCGUCUACACUUGUAAUAGUUUCUCCCUGUUUCUUUAUUCUUGGCACUUACAUCUCUAUUAUUGUCACCAUCAUAAGGAUCCCCUCCAAAUGUGGGAGACAAAAAGCCUUCUCUACCUGCAGCUCCCACCUGACAGUUGUGUGUAUGUAUUAUGGUACCCUGAUAUCCAUUUACAUAUAUCCACCUGGAAAUCAUUCAGUGAAUGCAAAUAAGUUUCUCUCAUUAUUGUACACAUUUGUGACUCCAUUGUUUAACCCCAUAAUUUACUGCUUCAGAAAUCAGGAUAUUAGACGGGCCAUACAAAAAUAUAUUCAUAUUUGUCGGAAUAGGAUAGAACUAUAG